CGAGGCGGCCUCCCGGGCACGUGCACCCGGCUCAGACACCGGCGGCGGAGGCCGCCGUCCUGCCGCCUCCGCGCCUGGCUCCGGGAUCCCGGCGCGGCGAUGGGCGCGGCUCCCGGCCUGGCCCUGGCCCUGGCCCCGCCCCUCCCCGUGCUUUCCAGCCCCGCGAACCCGCGAGAGACCCGGGAAUCCUGGGCGUCCUGCCGCCCGCCGCGGGCUUGGCGCUUCUCGGCGGUCGGGGACCUGGUGAGGGACCUGCGUGAGUGCUUGGAGCAGUGACUGCCAUCUGGUGGCAAGCCCGAACCAUCACUUCAUGUACCCUAAUGAUUGCUAAGAUGCCCCCUCGACUCACAUGGUGUGACUCGGUGGCAGAACACAAGGAAAGCCAGAGGGUAUCUGAUGAAGAAGCCUAGUGAAAUAACCCUUUGCUUCCAUACAAACGGGUUGUUCAUCCCAGAUUCUGAGGCAGGAGACAGCUCCAAAAUGGUGCCUCUGAAGAAAAGAUUUGAAUUGCUCUUGUGUUUUAGUCAAGGAGCUGCUGGUUACCGAACAGAGGGUAACCAAGACUGUGAAUAAGCACACACCAAGAAGAGCAUGUGAUGACAUGGAGCCUGAAAUAAACUGCUCUGAAUUGUGUGAUGGUUUUUCUGGCCAGGAGCUAGAUCGGAGAUCGCUUCAUGAUCUCUGCAGGACCACAAUUACCUCUUCCCAUCACAGCAGUAAGACCAUUUCUUCAUUAUCUCCUGUCCUUUUGGGUAUUGUGUGGACUUUUCACAGCUGUGGACUUCUUCUGAUAGCCUUCUUUCUUGGCUUCACAAUUCGCUUCAGGAAGAACAGGAUUGUGAAGAUGUCCAGUCCCAAUCUGAAUAUUGUGACCUUACUGGGCAGCUGUCUGACUUACAGUAGUGUUUACCUCUUUGGGACUCAAGAUCGAGAUGCUGUAGUGAGAAGCUCACUGGAAACUAUCAUUCAGAUCAGAUUGUCCAUGCUAUGCAUUGGGACUUCCCUUGUGUUUGGCCCUAUUCUGGGAAAGAGCUGGCGACUCUACAAGGUGUUUACCCAGAGGGUCCCGGACAAGAGAGUGAUAAUCAAAGACCUGCAGCUACUGGGGUUGGUGGCAGCCCUUGUGAUAGCUGAUGUGAUCCUGCUCAUGACGUGGGUGCUGACUGAUCCCAUCCAGUGCCUCCAGAUUCUCAGUGUCAGUAUGACGGUGGCAGGGAGAGAUGUGUCCUGCUCUCUGACCAGCACACACUUCUGUGCCUCCCGGUAUGCUGAUGUCUGGAUUGCUCUUAUUUUGGUGUGCAAGGGCCUGCUGCUGCUGUAUGGUGCCUACCUGGCUGGCCUGACGGACCACGUCAGCUCCCCUCCUGUGAAUCAGUCUUUAACCAUCAUGGUUGGGGUCAACCUCGUGGUGCUGGCUGCUGGGCUUCUUUUUGUGGUUACUAGAUACUUGCACACCUGGCCCAACCUGGUCUUUGGACUCACGUCUGGAGGCAUCUUUGUUUGCACAACCACAAUCAACUGCUUCAUCUUCAUUCCCCAGCUGAAGCAAUGGAAGGCAUUUGAAGAGGAAAACCAAACAAUCAGGCGCAUGGCCAAAUAUUUCAGCACUCCCAGCAAAAGCUUCCAUACCCAGUAUGGUGAGGAACAGAAUUGUCACGCUAGAGGAGAGAAAAACUCCAUGGAAAGACUCCUCACAGAAAAAAAUGCUAUGAUUGAAAGCCUGCAGGAACAAGUAAACAAUGCCAAAGAGAAGCUAGUGAGGCUGAUGUCAACUGAGUGCACCUAUGACUUCCCAGGGGCGGCUGUCCUGCCCGCCUCUGCCUGGAGCAAGCACGACCUGGCUGUAGCCUCUGCCCAUGGACCAGCAGCUCCAGGGCCUUUGGAAUGCCCCUCUGACUCUCAGAAUUACACCAGUGUGGCCGCCCAGGACUCCCAGAGUACCUCAGUGCCCUCCUCAAGUGUACAAACCCAGGAGGGGCCUGUGAAGGAUGCCAGCUCCUCCACAGGGCACAAGGAGAAAAUUUCUUGUUCAAAAGACUUUUCUGAUCAUUUAAAUUUGGGCUGCAGCCAGAAGCCACAAGCUAAGCAAAGCCACGGUACAGAAAGAAGAGACCAGGUACCCAUGGCACCCUGCCAGAGUCUCACAGCAGGUGGAAUGGGCCCUGUUCCCCAGAGACAGGGGCAGGGGGAGAACUCAGAGGAGCCCCCGAAGCGGCUGUCAAGGGUCAAUUCAGUGAUCAGGGAGAAGCUUCAGGAAGUCUUACAAGAUCUGGGUGUGGGCCCGGAGGCUGCCCUCUCCUCCUCCCCAUCUUGCCCCCACCAGCUCUGGAAGCACAGUGCUGCCUCCAGUACCCAGAAGGUGCCGCUCUCCAAGGAGCUGGGCUUUAGCCCAUACAUGGUGAGAAGGAGGCGGGCAGCGCAGCGAGCUCGCUCACACUUCCAGGGCUCUGUGCCCUCGUAUGUGGGGCACCGGGCCAAUAGGACUGUUUCUGGGGCACACAGUAGGCUAAAUGCACAGAAUCAGGACAGCCCUUGCCUGGAUCCCCAAACUUCUGAUUCCAGGGUACCAAGACCCUCUUCCAGGAAGUCUUUACUACUCCCAGACUCUCAAGGCAAGCCACGUACCCUGGAGGGCAGCAAACAAAGCCAGACAGAGCCCCAAGGGGCCGGAGGGAACUGUGCAGCCUUUCCUUACCAGCCUUCUGGUCCUGGCCAGGCACAGUGUCCCUCUGUCUCACACCUGUCCAGAGCCUCACCAGACCUGCCUGAGCAGCAGGCCUCAGGGCCCCCAGGCUGCCCCUCCCUGUACUGUCCAUGCAGCUACCUUGAAACUGAGUCCAGCAGCUCAGAUGAGUUCUUCUGCCAUUGCCACCGGCCCUACUGUGAAAUCUGCUUCCAGAGUUCCUCUGAUUCCAGCGAUAGUGGCUCCUCAGACUCAGACCCCGAGCCUGCUGGGGGUCUGGCUUCCUGGGAGAAGCUGUGGGCCCACUCAAAGCCUAUUGUGAACUUCAAAGAUGACUUGAAACCCACAUUGGUAUGAAAAGCAACAGAGCAGGUCUGGAUGUAGAGGUCAGUACAGGACAAGCCACAUGGACCCUACAGGAGGAAGGCCUGUCCUGGCCUUCGGGGAGCAGACCAGUGCCCUGUGUUUAACCUGCCCGUACCAUGUUUCAGCUAUGCUCGCUUGAGCACUUCCUGGUCUGUCAAAAGAGGGGUAUUGCCUGUCUUGUUACUACCUCACAGCAUUCCUGGAAAAGACUCCAGCUGAGUGACCACCAGAGAUAAUCCUUCGGAUAAAAGGUGCUAAAUGAGCACAGAGAGUUUUCUGUCCUGGUCAUCCAUUCUACAAAACUCUCGUGUAUACCAGGUGGAUGGCUGAGUGGACGGACUGAUAGAAGGAUGGAAGGGAAAUUGCUACAGAACCAGACCUGUGGGCCCUGACCCGAGCUGGCCUUUUGGUAGGCAAGACCUGCUAGGAGGAUAACUCUCCUACAUCCCUGAGUGUCCCACUCUUGGCAGGGGACAGUUUUGUUUCUGCGGAAGGUUGUAAAAAGCACCACCCCAAGUCCCAGCUUCUGGCCAGACUCAGCUCAGAGCUGCCUCUGUGCCACUGUUGGGUGUUUGUGUCUUCCCAUCAGUACGGCACCUCGCUACCAUCCGAGAUUAUCAGGUCUCCACGACUUCUCUCUCCUGGGCUCGGAGGGCAUCUGAGGUGCAGACUGUCCUGUGGCCCACUCCUUUGGCUCCACUGCUACUGCAGUUUCGUCCCAGGAAAGCAGGCACCGGCAUCUCUGUGGAGGUUGGGGACGACUAGAGGGUCUUUGGGCAUCAUUACGAUUACAUGACCACCAAUGGCUGCAUAACCCAGAAAUAGAAGAUAGAGAAACAGGAAGGAAGAAAGAAAUGGGAGAGAAAAAGGCAGGAAAAGAAACAAGUUUUGAACAUUUCCCUAGAGUCUGGCAUGGUACUUGGUAAUAUCAAAUUUGAGUAAUUCUUUAUGACAGCCCUGUAAAGGAGAUACUCUUGUUCCCAUUUUUACAGAUGGGGAGCAAGAGGACUCUGGGGAAUAUGAGGCUUAGAGAAGAGGUGCCUUCCCCAACAUCACACUACUGGAGAGUGGCCCAGGAGGGCUUGCCCACAGCCAGUAAAGCAAAGGGUAGUGUAGGAGAGCUGCAAUGUGCUCACCCUGCAGUGCAGGCUAACAAAACUGGUUUUCCCUGCCUCACUGCCUCAGGGGCCUACCUGCAUCUCCCAGGAGAGCCAGGGAAUUGUCUGCCUCCAGAGUCACAGAGAAAGCACAGCCAGGCUGCUUGGCUUGCUGCUGGGCGGGUUGUUUACAGGCCACCCCCCGCCCCUGCUCCCCACGUGUGCAUCAGUGUGUGUCCGAGUUUGUGUGCAGGAGUUUGGGCCUCGAUUGAUAAGCUUGUCGGGGGGCAUCUGGCUCCAAAUAUCCACAGAAGAUUUCUUAUGGACUCUCAAGGGCUGCCAACACCUCCUGAAUCUCCAGACACUGGACUGGGAGGCCCUACUGGUAGCAUAGCUUCUUCUGUCGUUUACUUUUAAAUACAAUGUCAUAAUUUAUUCUGUGUGGGGGUUUGCAGUUUCUGCUUGCACUGUUUGUAUGCUGUCCGAGUGACACCUUAAUAAAAGAGAAAUG